GAGGAGAGGAGGAGGAGAGAAGGAAAGGAGAAAGAGGAGGAGGAGGGGGGGGUCUCCGCGCAUGAUCCGGCGGCGCUUUGGCCGGGCGCGUCGCGGCGGCUGCGGGCUGGCUGGGCUCGCGUGGGGCUCCGCGCGUGGAAGAGGAGGAGGAGGAGAACUGGCCGCCCGCUCGGAGCAAUGGCGGACCAUUAUACCUACAGAGUUGGAAAGAAGGUUGCGGGAUCCAGCAGGACCAGCGCAGAGAGAGAAAGCAGAAAGGCGGAACUGAAGGUCCAUCCAGCCUAUGAACAGUCCAACCUUGGAAAUGCAAUGAACGACAAAACAGAAGGCAAACGGAAAGGAAGGCCCAAGACUGAAAACCAGGCCUUGAAAGAUAUUCCCCUGCCUCUGAUGAAUCAAUGGAAGGAUGAAUUUAAGGCUCACUCCAGGGUGAAGUGUCCUAACUUGGGCUGCUGGCUGGAAUUCCCAAGCAUUUAUGGCCUGAAAUAUCACUUCCAGCGGUGUCAGGGGGGCGUCGUUGUCGAGAAACGCACCUUCCCCUGCGCGUACUGCGAAGCCGUCUUCACGUCAAAAACCCAACUGGAGAAGCAUUGCCUCUGGAACCAUUUGGACCGGCCGUUGCCGGCGGCCAGCCCCCCAGUGGAAAACAAAGUGCAGAAGGCAACCAGUAAGGGGGCAGGGAAGAAAAGAGCUGCCGAACGGACCCUGUCCCCCACCCUUCACCCUUCCAAACAAUCGAAGGUGGAGAAGGCUGUCGCCUUGCAGCACCCCGAGAACGGAGAGCACGCGGCCGUGAGCCAAGGCAUCAGGGCUUUGAAGACCGCUGCAGCUGGAGGUGGGGAAGGGGCUGCCACUCCGCUUGGCCAGACGCCGGGCACGCGCAGCUCCAAACAUCAGGCGAGCAGGCAGGCCUUUAAGCAGGAGGAAGACCCCGAAAGGAUGAAGCACAGAAGGAAACAGAAAACGCCUAAGAAAUUUACUGGAGAGCAGCCGUCCAUCUCAGGAACGUUUGGAUUAAAAGGGCUGGCGAAAGCAGAAGACAAGGCUAAGGCUCAUCGCGCAAAGAAAUUGGAAGCUUCCUUCCUCAGCGGUAACACUGAAGAUCAUAAGAAAAAGCAUGCGGGAUCCAAUGCGAAAAAAGAGGCCGCCGCCUUAGCAACCGCUCCUUCGACCACAGCGACCCCUGAGGAGCAGUGGCAGCGGAUAAUCAAUGAGAAGGGAGAGGUGGCUUGCCCGACCUGUGGCAUGAUCACCCGGAAGACAGUCUUAGGUUUGAAGAAACAAAUGGCCAUAAGCCAAGGACUACCUGAUGCCUUGAAAUGCCAGCACUGUAAAAAACAGUUCAAGUCCAAAGCAGGGUUGAAUUAUCACACGAUGGCAGAGCACGUGAACAAGACUGCUCCUGUGGAAGCUGCUGUCCCUCUCAGCGAACUAGGAGACAGGGAAAGGCUGAGGAAAAUGCUAAAGCAGAUGGGGAAACUCAAAUGUCCAAAUGAGGGCUGUGUGGCCACCUUCUCCAGUCUUAUGGGGUACCAGUACCACCAGAAGCGAUGCGGGAAGCAGCCGUCCGAGCUGGAGAAGCCGGUCUUCACCUGCCCCCACUGUGGGAAGGCCUACAAGUCAAAAGCUGGGCACGACUACCACGUCCGCUCCGAGCAUCCAGCCACGCCCCCAGAGCAGCCAGAGCUGCAACCCGAACCCAGCCCCGUGGAAGAUUUCGAGAGGACUCCCAGCGGCCGCAUCCGGCGCACCUCCGCCCAAGUCGCCGUCUUCCACUUGCAGGAAAUAGCUGAGGACGAGCUGGCCAAGGACUGGACCAAGCGACGGAUGAAGGACGAUCUGGUCCCCGAAACAAAGCAACUAAACUACACUCGGCCUGGACUUCCCAAGUUGAACCCGCGGCUUCUGGAGGCCUGGAAGAAUGAAGUCAAAGAAAAAGGACACAUCAAUUGCCCAAAUGACUGCUGUGCAGCCAUUUACUGCAGCGUGUCCGGCCUAAAAGCUCAUCUGGCCAACUGUAACAAGGGAGGUCAUUCGGUGGGCAAAUAUCGUUGUCUUCUGUGUCAGAAGGAGUUUAGCUCAGAAAGUGGGGUCAAAUACCACAUCAUCAAGACACACUCAGAGAACUGGUUCCACACCUCGACCGAUUCUUCGAAGAAAAAGAAAAGUAAAGAACCGAGGACGCCCAGCAACGAAGAACAAAAGACUAGCCCCGACGGCAAGAAACGAGGCCGGAAGCCGAAGGAGAGGCCCUCCGAAUUUUUCCCUAAAGACACAGAGAGCCUCCUGGGAAAUAUUAACCAUAAGAAAGCCACGUCGCCGUGGCCGGUGGCAAACUGCAUCCUGGAUGAAAAAGAGAGAGGUAACAAACCCUUCCACGCCCCAAAAUUCGGGGCUAGUAAAAUGCCAGAAAAAUAAGCCGAGGGAUCAGGAAAAAAAAUAAAAAAAAUAAAAAAUAAAACCCUCUUUAAAGAUUAGUUUACAGGGUGGUAGGUGACCAGGAUGCUCCUUCAUUGGCUGAGCCCCUCCUCCCAUUCCUCUCCUUCCUUCCUUUUUCUUUUUUUCUAAAAAAAAAGUGACAAACCACUUUAAGGCACGGAAACAAACAUUGGGUUUUAUUUUCGGAGACGGACUCGACCUUCUGGCGUGAUUCUUCCACCCGGAACCCCCACCUGGAUUGUACAUAAUGCCCGCCUGCGUGGGCUUGAACCACGUCCAUGGAUCGGAUGGGUACCACAGCGAAAGGCAGGGGCGUGUGGCGGUUCCUUCAAAAGAGACACUGCAGGAACGAGCGAAGUGCAAUAGGGAAACCAAGUUAAGCAGUUUGGUUUGGUCUGUUUUUGUGGAUUGCUUUUCUAGUAGCAGUCAUGUGCUUAGCAAAACGGAGCGUGUUUGGAAGUCCCGCGGACGGAAACAAAUAUUGUGGUUGUGGCUGCAAACCCAGCUUAACUUUUUAUAAUUUUGAUAGGAAAGGCAUUUAAAAAAAAAAGUAUCUGAGAUUGUUUGACAAUGAACUGUUUGGGGGGGGGGGGGGGGUUGGGGGGGUGAUGAUGAUGAUGAUGAAAUAUCCUGAUUUUGAAUUUUUGUUUGUUUGUAUUUAUGGUCCAACCAGAGAUAAAACCAAGAGGCUGAUGGCCCCUGCCUGUAAUUUGGAUAACAAAAAACUUUGGGGGAAAAAAUGAAAAGUUUAGGGAAAACUAAUAUUGGAGAAAGGAAAUUUUGGGCAAGGAGAUAUUUGGAGAAGUUUUCUUAAAGAGGGAGGUUUAAUUGUGGAAAAAUUAGGGCCCUUCCGUGAAACUCUUUAUUUGUUUUUUUGUUUUUUAGUUCUGCUUUGAAAAGCAGGUAUUUGUGAGGAAAAAAAUGCCCUUAAAAAUAUCCCAUGGAGAAAGAUAUACUAAAUCAGUCUAAUGAAUUAAUUAAUUAAUUAAUCUGUCAUUUUAUUUUCCCAUAGUGCAGAGGUGUCCAACCUUAGUUAUUUUAAGAUCUCUGGACUUCAACUCCCAGAAUCCCUCAGCCAGCAUGGCUGGACUUCAACUCCCAGAAUU